GUCGACAACUCUGAGGACGAUCCACGACCUUUCGACAAUGAUACUCGGACAUUGAAGAAGACCCCUAGCGUGGGUUCGCGGAUGCUAGCGAAUGGGAUGAUGAAUGAUCUCAAGAGUAUCACGGAGUUGCGAAGCAAGGGCGAGAGCAGACGAUUUCUUGACGAGGUAGGGUAUCUAUUUGAAGGCAUAGAAAGUGGUUGUGCUAUUGCACUCCGUAGAGCCAGUGUCUUGGAAAUUGUUACUAAACUAUGCGACCCCGAAUUCAACCGCCGUGCGAAAACAUCUGAUUUUUAUGCUCGCACUUGGGAUGUAUUCCUCAAAGCCCGCGGAGACGGUCCAGAUAAAAUUCUUGAUGCCACCCUCUCCUUUUUUGCGCUCCUUUCUACCCGCGACCCCCAAACCCUUUCCGAACUUGCUCAUAAACCGGAACUCGUUCCCACCCUCCUCGAUAUCCUACGCUCCCUCACUCCCACCUCCGACCUGAAGGGUGAUGGGCUCAAUCAGGGUCUAAAGAAAGACAUCCUUGCACUCGCCCUGUCAGGGUUAGAUGCCAUAGGGCUGAGAGCAUCAGGCAUAAUCAGGACAGACGUGGCGCCGCUCCAAGCCCUUGCAGACGUGAUUGUGAAAUCAGGAGUGAUGAAGGAUGCACGUGGGCUCUCCACCCGUACCCUGAUAAGCACUGCACUCUCGUCCUUGCCGGCUUCUCUCCUUCCGCCUGCAUUUCAGACCCUCCCAUCAAUCCUCAACUCCCUCCGUGCAGAGCUUCUGCUCGUACCUCCGCGCGUCAGUGCUUGGGAGAGGGGUCUGGAGCUAUUCCCUAACUAUAUAGGCUCGGAUAUAGGAUUAGGGAAAAAUGGGAAUGUAAUAAGAAAUGGGAAAGGAAAGGAAACACAAAAACCCUCAGACCCCCCAAUAGACAUCGCUACUCCCUCCCUUGCUCACAUUCAUGCCUGUCUCCGCCUCAUGGACACCUACCUCUUGGAAGAGUGUAUGGGCCCUGUUCCAUCGCGUUCUGGUGUCGCAAGUAAUGGUUCACAUGGGUCUAAAGAACAAUCAGAAAUACACCGUGCGCUGGCGGACCCAGUACUUACAGACAAACUCGUGGAGUUGUGCGUGGCUACUGAGAUUCUCGUACGAGACUCUGUACGGUAUUUGGAUACAAUGAACAAGGAAGAGGAUGCAGAGGAAGGCCAGAAUGAGCUUGCACGCAAAACGCUAUUCUCGACCCUCCGUAUCCUUACGCUUCUCCCAUCCUCCACAUCCUCUCAGCCUAGUCCUUCAUCUUCAUACUCUCGCUCGUCCCCGACAUAUUCUGAUACCCUUCAUGGUUCCUGGAUGCCAAGCGACACAGCCCUAUCCCUGAUUACUCGCGUGGUAUUACGUGCACAAGCUGGAUGGCUUGGGAGUCUCGGCAGUGAUGGGGUUCAAGGAGAACAGGACGACGAAGCAACACAGGGGAGCGAACGACAUGCGGUGAAACCGGAGGAGCUGGAGGAUAUAGGUACUUCUUCCCCAUCUUUACCUGGCUCCCGACGUGAAUCUACACGUUCCCCUCGAAAACGGACAUCAUUUCCUGUUCCUUCACCGUCCAAACUUGCACAUAAACCUUCGAGCAAAACCAAUGCGCCAAGUAAACUUGGCAGGCAUGGCACGUUGCAUGGAAACGGCGCACCGAAUAAAGGUACCAAUAUACCAAACGAAGGAAAUGACACGAGUAAAGGGAAAAGCAAGGCCACAUCAGUUCCGCCGUAUACCCUCACACGUGUUGAGUCUUUCGACUUGCUUUGUCUGGCGCUUGGGUUGCUUCUGAACUGGGCGUCUGGGGGCAUCGAGGGUGGAGGAGUGAGCGAGGGGAUAGGACGCAUUCUUCUCAAUCGCGCCUGCUCUGCCACUCGCAGCUGCUCGCAUAUCUGUUCAUGCCCUCAAUCUUCACAAGUACCGCUGCUCUCGUGUUUGGUGUCUGUGUAUCAGGCAUUUGGCAGUUCCGUACCUGUAUCGACUGAUUCUUCAUCGCGGAAACCAAAAACUGUGCCUGGCCAUGAACGUAAACCGACCUUGGGUACCAGGCAAAAGCCGCCAUCUACACGUCGGAAGCAAAAUUCUCCCUCUGCAAGCCCUAGCUCCCCCUUCACCUCUCUCAGACGUAAAACUGCUUCCUCCCAACCCGCAUUGAACACAUCCAGCAUGGCUCAUUCUCCCGAACUCACUUUCCUGGCAGGGUAUACCGCUGUCCUUCUCGGCCUCCUCUGCACGCCCACAGCUCCGCGUGAGAUUCGAGUGCUACGUACCAACCGAUCACUGAUAUUUGGCGACGUCUUCAUCGAGACGCUCAUUAGAGACGUGCGAGACUUUUUGGCGCUGUAUGACGAUCUUGAGGGAAAACUCAGUGACGAAGGCGAUAUUGUAGAUAUAGAUAUGAGUCCAGAUGUGGAUCGAGAGCGCAGCGGGGGAGGGCAAGAUGAGGAAAGACGGAGAGGUAAAGCGCUGGAGAAGAAGAACGAAGAUGUAGCGCGUGGGAUACUAAGAGCGCUAGAGGCGCUACGAGAUGAUGGACUAUGAGAUAGUCGUCGACACUUUCUUGCUUCCAACUGCGGUGGGUUUGAAGAUCCUUCCUGUCAAUGACGAUAGUUGGUAAUUGUGGCAUCAUAUCACGAUGAGAAGGAACGAUUGUCUUCAUUCUGUUAUGAUCUAACUAAGGAAGACUAUUUCACAAGAGCCGACAGGGCAGGAAACUCAAGAUAGACCACACUGGCGAAAUAAACUGUUAUUGACUAGGGUUAAUAGCAGGUUGCAGUCUGGAAGACAGUUGAACCGCACUGUACCGUGCGCCGUACAAUUGUGAAUGUGAUUUUGCUGAAGGCCGGCGUUAGCCGGUGUCAGAUUCAUGAAUAUUCGC